AUGAAGAGCCAUGUGAAACUCGGAUUCGAAAUGUCACCACCCUCCCCGAUCGUAGCGAAAGAGAUCACGUUACGAAGUCACAUACAAGAGUUACUUGACAAGCUGCCACAAAAUCUCCCAACCUACUAUCACGAGGAGCUUAUCGGUAGGUGUCACAGAAACACUUCUCGAAUAUAUCUGACCCUCGCACUAGAUGGAAUCUGUUUCCUACUUCAUAGUCCACUCUUCUCCUACGUCGUCGGCCCACGCAUCUGGCGAGCAGAACAGAAAGCCCAGUCGUCUGAAACCCAGGCCGCGACAACCCAGACACCAAUUGUCAAGAACACUCAUGAAGGCGUCAUUCGAGAGCCGGCGACCUAUCCCGCACUGUCUAAGCUACGCAUAGACAUCAAGCAGGAAAAGGACGACUGGGUUACUAGCCUCCUAUACAACAACGCCACACUCAUCGAGGGGCGCGACCUGUGCAAGGUAGAAGAUUCUUCGUUCGUCAUGAGUUUCUGCUUCUUCUGCGAGGAAGUAGCUUUCUUGAGUAGCGAGUUCAGGUCGAGGGAGCGUGCUGGAGCCAUCUUGCGCGGUACUGCGGGCGAGCAGGACCGAUGCGGAGAGGAAGAAGCGGCGCCUUGUCAAGUUGAAGGUAAGAAGUAUAAUGAUGCGUGA